AUGGAGGAGGGCACGCCAUUCGAGAACUUGCUGACGCUAUUAGAGGCCUACCAACGGCUUGGAGGAGGCUCCAGCGACGGCGCCGGCGACCAUCGUCAGGGUAAUGGAGGCGGUGAUAUGGAGGUAGAAGACGAAGAGAGCGAAGAUCUGGUCCAGUAUGCCCGUUUCUUACUCGCGAACAGAGACGUCGGCCAUGGGCGCCACCACCUCGACGACGAGGAGGACAGCGGUGAGGGUUUCGAUCAGCUUGUUGCGGAAGUGCCGCCCAAUGGCGGCGACGACGACGCCGCCUUCACCAUGGGCGCCGCCGGUGAGGCUCAUGACCACGACUACGAGGACACCGUCAUUGUUGGCAGCUCGUCGGGUUCCUUGCUCCCGUCCGACGACGAGCUCAUCCCGCCGGGCGCCGGUUCCGGCAACGGCGACGACGGAGCGCACGGCCAGGCGACAGCAGAUCAGCUGGAGUGGGAGGAGGUGAGGAGGUUGUUACGGAUCCACGGUGGUCGUCUCCUCUUUCCGCCGCGAGCGCAGCAUCGGCUGAACACGCAGAGCUUGCUCCUGGGGGCAGCCGAAUUCGUAGCUGCUCACCGCGCCGGGAAACGGCCGGCCUCGGCCGCGGCGGUUGCGGCCCUGGAGAAGCGCAAGCACGUCGGGGGCCAGGCGGCGGCGGCGUCGCCGUCCGCCGCUGCGCAGUGCGUGAUAUGCAUGGAGAAUUACGAGGUGGGCGACGACCUCAGCGUGAUGCCGUGCUCGGACAAGCAUAGCUUCCACCAGCGGUGCCUCGCCGAAUGGCUGGCGCGGAGCCGCUUGUGCCCGCUAUGCCGGAAGGAGCUCACCGACGACGACGACGACAAGUUUGCACCUUAA